AUGAAGGCGGUGAGCCCGGUGCGCCCCUCUGGCCGCAAGGCGCCGUCGGGCUGCGGCGGCGGGGAGCUGGCGCUACGUUGCCUGGCGGAGCAUGGCCAUAGCCUAGGUGGCUCGGCAGCCGCGGCGGCGGCGGCGGCGGCAGCGCGCUGCAAGGCGGCCGAGGCGGCGGCCGACGAGCCGGCACUGUGCCUGCAGUGCGAUAUGAACGACUGCUACACUCGCCUGCGGAGGCUCGUGCCCACCAUCCCGCCCAACAAGAAAGUCAGCAAAGUGGAGAUCCUGCAGCACGUUAUCGACUACAUCCUGGACCUGCAGCUGGCGCUGGAGACGCACCCUGCUCUGCUGAGACAGCCGCCACCGCCCGCGCCACCGCUCCACUCGGCCGGGGCUUGCCCGGUCGCGCCGCAGCGGACCCCGCUUACGGCGCUCAACACUGACCCGGCCGGCGCCGUGAACAAGCAGGGCGACAGCAUUCUCUGCCGCUGAGCUGCGUUGGCCAGGUGUGCGGCCGCCUGAGCACCAGCGAGCCAGGAGCCCUAGAAAGGGAGGGCCAGAGCAGAAAUUAAGAGAAAAAAGCCACCAGAGGAAAGGAAAAAAAAAUCUUCAGCAAAUCUAGAAACGUUGUCUCGGCUUGUCAUUCCAAGAGAGAGAGAGAAAGAAGGGGAAAAAUAAUAAAACUUAAAUUCACUUUUACUUUUUUGCACGUUCACAAGCAUUCACCGUACGUAUUCUCUUUUAGUUUUUUUUUUUCUUUUAUAACCGCUGUGAAUUGUACAUUUCUGUGGUUAUUUUUAUCACCCUUUUGGAGAUGCAGUUAAACUUUGAAGCUUAAGUGUGACCAGACUGUAAGCGGAAGAGCUAUAGUGAAUCCAACUUUAGAGGUUACGUUGUGACAAGCGAACUGUUUUUGUUUCUGAAGCUUUACUAAUAUACCAGAGCAUUGGCGACGUUGUUUUACAUCUGUUGUUUAAAAUAGAUGAUUAUAACAGGGCGGGGAACUUUUUCUCUGCAAGAAUGUUACAUAUUGUACAGAUAAGUGAGUGACAUUUCAUACCCUGUAUAUAUAGAGAUGUUCUAUAAGUGUGAGAAAGUAUAUGCGCUUUAAUAGACUACUGUAAUUAUAAGAUAUUUUUAAUUAAAUAUUUUUUGUAAAUAUUAUGUGUGUGUUUUUUUAAAUCUAUGGGAAUAUUUCUUUUGGAAAAUUAUUUUUCAGCUCCAUGGCAGAGCUCUUAAAAUCUAUCUGGAUGUUUUCUGUUUGGCCAAGCUGUUUGAUUUGUUUUGUUGUUUUGCCCAGUAUCUAGUAUCUGAGGCUCAGAAGUAACAGCUCUCUGGUACUGGUUUGCAUGAUUGCAUGAGAUGUUCAAUCACAAAAUAAACCCGUUAUGAGUCCUUUCAAAUGUGCUUUCCUGACCUAGAUGGGAACCUUUGUAUUUGAAGUGUACAUGUUGAAAACAUACCUUAUCCGGUUUUAAGUACAGGGUUUUAUAGUGUAAUAUAUAAAGAAUUAAGUGUGUGAGGUUUUUUUUUUUUUCCUUUUUGAACUGAGGUCAAAAAUAGAUUGAGUGAAUUUGCAUAUAGGAUGGAGAAAUACUUGGACCUUUAAGGAGUCUACAGAACUGCUGUCUU